AUGGCUGAGGAAUCAAACCCCCCCCGGUUCUGGUUGGCGCAUCCCCAAGGCUUGCCAGGAGUGCCUUGCAAGACAUGCCAACAGAGGGAGACACCUUGUGUCUAUAGAGAUUUUAUUCGACACCGCAGGAAGAAGAAUGAGUAUCGAGAGGCUCAUGGUGAUGUGCAGACGCAUCGGGUGUCCCCGAUUCGGCCGGGCCUUCACGUCAGCGGAGCUCGUCGGUUAUGA